AUGCUGGCCACUGAAUUACCUUUUGAAAUCAUUACAAACAUAGCCAGACUCUUGCCGGCAAGAGACAUAUGCAACGGCAGUCUUGUCUGCCAAGCAUGGUACCAGCCUUUUUCUGACUCUCUCUGGCACACAGUAAAGAUUCAGAGCCGAUCAAAACUCGAAGCCCUCUGCAACCACCUUUCUGAACCCAACAGACACAAGGUGGUGCGACAGCUUGAAAUCGGCGCUCAGCUUCAGCUAGAGGGCAAACAACUAAGUCUCAUUCUUCAAUCAUUCCACUCUCUACAUACUCUUAUCCUUGCUACCGGAAGUCUAUCAGCGUCUUGUUUUAAGCCAGAAAUGGCCUGGAAUAAAUGGGACUCUCUCCACCGCCUUGAUUUUCAUGCAUACAACAAUGACCUUGAACAUACCCUUAAUAUCCUGAGCAGUUUACCGGCACUCCGGCAACUGACCUAUCUGACAAAUCGAAGUGGAGAGGCAUCAUUACACGUGUGCGACAUGGAACGUAUACACUCGUAUCUGCCCGGGCUCGAAAAAUUAACCCUUUCUGCCAAUCUUGCUCUUUUGGGUGCAGACGAUAUUCAAACAAUGUCUGAGUUUACCAUGAAGCCAGCCAACAAACUCAAGCAUGUGAAAUUCGCUUUUGGAUGCGUGGAUCUUCGCUGGGUCUCCUACUGGGCCCUCAAGUAUCCCAACCUUCGCAUGCUUGAAUGGAAUCCUUACUAUGACUCUACACGCAAUUAUAGCUACGUUGAUGAAGCAGCUGAGAUGCUGUGUUAUAUUUCAAGACCUUUUAAUCGCCUCGAAACAAUUCGCUUAUUAGAAGCCUCGCGAAAUCGAUGUUUACAUCAACCAUUUGUGGGGCUAAUGUCCCGCUUUGGUCGUGGAUUUCGACGUCUUGAGUACGACAUUGCUUUUGAUGACCAAUAUUACGCCACUACAGACGGCAUCAAAGAGGUCCUUCGAGACGGACUUUCUAAUCGUGUGGAGACAUUGGACAUGCGUAUCUACUAUCCUGUACAGGGGCCAAACACUUUAAUCCCUCUUGCCUUGGGUGUAUGCCCAUCUCUUUUGUACCUUAAAUUACAAGUAUUCGAUAUUGAUUUUGCCAUUGACGUGUUGCUGGACAACUGUAUGGCUCUCGAAACACUUAAUCUUACCUGCCGCGGUAUUGCGCUCUCCAAAGGCUCUUCAUUAAUCACAACCACAAAGCCCCACCCACUACAGUCCUUUGAAUUACACGAGGGCACUACUACACCUGCAGUAUUCAACUAUCUUUCAGACCGCUGUCGAAAACUCACUAAUAUGCAGCUUAAUUGUGUCAAAAUUAUCGGCAGAGUUUCGGAUACCGCCGGAAGCCUGAAAAUUGACAUGCCUCACACUCAUUUUCAACAACUACAGCUUAAUCAGAUAUCCUAUUUUUCAUCUGUACGCGGCAGCGAGUGCAAGAACAAGAUGCACUUUAUUUCAUUCACACAACAAAUUCUUUCACAGCGCAAAUGGUAUCAUUGGAAUGGAUACUGGUCUUGUCAUGAAAUGAGUAAUCCUUACAGAAGAUUGCCAGAUAACCAAGUGAAGUACGUAGAAGAAUAUUAUGGUGCCUUUACUAGCAGGCAGACACCAUCUCCUUGUCAGCACCAUGAAUUAUAUAUAGCCCCUUAUAUUUCCAGUACUGCUUGGAAAAAUGACUUGACUCGAGGAUAUAUUGAUAUGCAUUGUGCUUCAAUUGAUUCUUUAAUACUAAAAAAUUAA